GCCGCCGCUGCGCCCCGCUCCGCUCCGUUCCGCGCCCGCCGCCUCCGCCGCCGCCGCCCAGGUACGGCCCGAGCGGGCCCCGCCACCGCCCCCGCCGCCCAUCGGGUGUUUACCGCCGGCCGCGGCCCCCCCAGCUGAGCCUGGGCGCAGUUCGGAGAACUCACGGAGGAGGGAUUGCCCAGCGCCCUCAGCACCCCCCACCCCGGUCCGUCCCGGGAUGCUGCGCGGAGCUGAGCACUGAGGUGGGCGCCAUGGGGCGCGCGUCAUAGCCCCCCGCUGUGGCCCCCCCGCGCGUGGCACCGGUGGCGGAGCCCACUCGGUCGGUGCUGAGCGCUCCUUGAUGGAAUUGCGGUGAAUGGAACAGAAGCCCAGCACCCUGGACUCGCUGUCGGAGCCAGAGGACACCCGGUGGCUGGAUGGCAAGCGCAAAAGAAAGGGCAGCCAAUGUUUGGUGAAGAGCAGCAUGUCAGGGUACAUCCCUAGUUACCUGGACAAAGAUGAACAGUGCGUGGUGUGCGGGGACAAGGCCACCGGCUACCACUACCGCUGCAUCACCUGUGAGGGCUGCAAGGGCUUUUUCCGUCGGACCAUCCAGAAGAACCUGCACCCCACCUACUCCUGCAAGUACGAUGGCUGCUGCGUCAUCGACAAGAUCACCCGCAACCAGUGCCAGCUCUGCCGCUUCAAGAAGUGCAUCUCCGUGGGCAUGGCCAUGGACCUGGUGCUGGAUGACUCGAAGCGGGUAGCGAAGCGGAAGCUGAUUGAGGAGAACCGGGAGCGGCGGCGGAAGGAGGAGAUGAUCAAAUCGCUGCAGCAUCGCCCCAACCCCAGCGCGGAGGAGUGGGAGCUGAUCCACGUGGUGACCGAGGCCCACCGCAGCACCAACGCCCAGGGCAGCCACUGGAAGCAGAAGCGGAAAUUCCUGCCUGAGGACAUCGGCCAGUCGCCCAUGGCCUCCAUGCCUGAUGGGGACAAAGUCGACCUGGAGGCGUUCAGUGAGUUUACAAAAAUCAUCACCCCGGCCAUCACCCGCGUGGUCGACUUUGCCAAAAAACUGCCCAUGUUUUCAGAGCUGCCUUGUGAAGACCAGAUCAUCCUGCUGAAGGGCUGCUGCAUGGAGAUCAUGUCCCUGCGGGCAGCUGUGCGCUACGACCCCGAGAGCGAGACGCUGACGCUGAGCGGGGAGAUGGCGGUGAAGCGCGAGCAGCUCAAGAACGGCGGCCUCGGCGUCGUCUCCGAUGCCAUCUUCGACCUGGGCAAGUCCCUCUCUGCCUUCAACCUGGAUGACACCGAGGUGGCCCUGCUCCAAGCUGUGCUGCUCAUGUCCUCAGACCGGACAGGGCUGAUCUGCGUGGAGAAGAUCGAGAAGUGCCAGGAGACCUACCUGCUGGCCUUCGAGCACUACAUCAACUACCGCAAACACAACAUUCCCCACUUCUGGCCCAAGCUGCUGAUGAAGGUGACGGAUCUGCGGAUGAUCGGCGCCUGCCACGCCAGCCGCUUCCUGCACAUGAAGGUGGAGUGUCCCACCGAGCUCUUCCCCCCCCUCUUCCUCGAGGUCUUCGAGGACCAGGAGGUGUAGGGCUGCCACCCACUCCCCUUGUGCCCUCUACCCCCCUCCUGCUCUGCGUCCCCCAGCCCCCCAAAUUUUUCUUAUCCCAGCCCCAGGGGCGAGGGGGGAGGGGGAUGCUGUGCCCAGGGUGGGGGUCUCACUGUGCCCCCCCGUGCCCCCCCCGGAGCUGCCCCCCCGCGCCCCAGGACUUGAUGAAUUUUGUUUGUUUGCACAGGGAAGGGCCCCGACGGUCGAGCGUUUCCUUUAUUGUCCUUCUCUUCUUAGAUUAUUAUUUUUUAAGCAUUUAUUUCCCUCCCUGAGAGGCUAAAAUAUUAAACUAACUGCACUUUGGAAGGAGAGAGGAGGAGGAGGAGGAGGAAGAGCAGAGCAGGGGAGAAGAGAGGAGAGGAGGGGGCUCUGGGCUGCACAGGGAGAGGCUGCCUCGGCCGGGGGGGGCUGCGGCCACAUGCACUUUUGGCCGGGCAGCAGCACAGGGGCUGGGGGGGGGGGGGGCCAGGACCCCCCCCUCAUAUCGGGGUGGGGGACACAGAGUGGGGCACAGCAGCAGCAAGGGGGACCCAAGCCCACAGGGGUGCAGGACUGGUGGCCCCCCCUGCCCUGCAUCCUGCUGGCCUCUGGGUCUGCCCCAGCUGGGGUGACUCCCCCGCACCCCCUCACCCCCCAAAUUUUGGGCCAGAUUCGGGGCUUUGGUUUUCUCUGUCUUUUUUGGGCUGAGAGGAGACAAUUUUGUGCCAAGCGCCGGGCGGACAGUGGGCGCUGUGGGACACCGGGGGGGGCUGUGGGGACCCGCCACAGCCACCCCCCAAUACCCCCCACCUUUUCCGUUGUCCAUUUUUUUUUUUGUUGUUUUCCACGCCCCCCUUAACCCCCCACCCCCGUCCUCGUGGGUUUAUUUGUCGUGUCCGUCAGAAGUUGCAAUGGCCCCGGAGGUGCUGGCGGAGGGGAGGGGGGGCAGCGGGUGCCCCCCCAGGGCCCCACACGGACCCCACUGCACUACUGCCCCGGCCCCCCGGCAGCAGCACUUCAGGGGACUGCACCCCCCAACCACCCCCUGCUCCCCGGGGGGGCCAGGCUGCGGUGGGGCCAGCGGGGACUGGGGAGGGGGCCCGGGUGUCCCGGCUCAGCAGGGGGCAGAGCUGCAGCAGGGGCACCCGAGAAUGGUUUUAUCACCUUUUUCCCCCCCGAUUUAGGUUUGUGAAUUUUUUCUUACCUCAGGCGGAGGCCGAGGGGGGGCGCGGGCCGGGGGGCAGCCGGCGUGGCAGGCAGCCUGCCGGGGCCCACCUAAGCUAAUAUAUAUAUAUAUAUAAAUAUAUAUAAAAUAUAUAAUUUUUGUAAUUAAAAAAAAAAAUCUU